UUGAUGAUACAUCUAGCGCUCUUCUUUUAAAUAAAAGUAUUUUCAAGCUUUAUUUGCUUUAUAUUAAGUGAAAUAUUUGUUUCAAUUAAUUUUUAAAUCAAAAAGAUACAGAAGAGAAUAAAAUUUGGGUGUAUUUUAAUUUAUAUAAAACAGUAAAGAGCAUUCGUUUUACAAAAAUGUGGAAAAAGUGAUCAAAGUAAAUCAACAUUAUUAAAUAUUUUUGUUUACAUUUCUUCAAAAUACGAAAAAUAACAUUUUUUGAAAUGACGUGUCAAUAUUAAAGUAAAAAGAAAUUAUGAAAGUAGAAGGAUCAACUGCACCGGUUGUAGUUCUUCAUAAGGUCAAAAUAAAGGAAGAAUCAACAAAUGAAAGUAUUUGCAAUCUACAACACCAACAAAAACAAGAAAUAUCAACAACACAUGAUGGAGACAAUUCUCCAACUUAUGCUAUCGAAUCAACUGUGGUACAUAACAAUAAAAAUAUCAAUAAUAAUAAUAGUAAAGAUGACAACGAUAACAACAUUAACAUUACCACAAGCACUGCUACAACAAGUAUCAUUACGUCGAUUAACAAUUCGUCGAUCAUGUCAUCAAUGGAAGUUGGAGCAAUUGAUUUCCAAUGUUCUUCCAAUGAGUUGAAUAUUCAAGAGCCAGCUAGUGCAGAGCAUGAGAGUAAAGGUGAAUCAGUUAGGAAAAAUACUGACCCAAAAGAUAAAUCAUCUUACACUGAAAAUACCAAAGAUUCGCAUGAAAAAGAAAGAAAAUUGUCUCCAGCGUACUCAGCAGAAUCGAAAUCAUCUACGAGUAAUGAACGAUUGUCUGACAGUUCAGAAAAUAGAAAAUUAUAUCCAGUCAAGUCGAUAAAACCAGAAAAUGACCAGCAUUCAGGAGCAGCUCAAAAACCUCAAGAAAGCACAUUCAACUCUGAACCGAAUGCUCAAGCUAAAAUAACGAAUGUUGGUCUCAAAACUAUCUCAAGUAUUUUCACAGGUCAUACAAAAUUGAAGAGACUUCUAGGCACACUUGUUCAAUUUGCUAAUAAUAUUUCUACUGAAACUGGAGAGACUGUUCGGAAUUUGAUCUUUGGACUUUUGAGUAGUGGAUUGUCAGCAGAAGAAUUUCAUUCAGCUCUUCAAGAAGCAACGAAUUUUCCUUUGAGAGAUUUUGUAUUACCGUAUUUAAAGCACACUCUUCCCUCUUUACGUCGAAAUAUCAAUGCAGCAGCACAAGCUAACAAUCAGACGUGUGUGCAAUAUCUUCAAUCCAACGAAUCAGCAGUUUUAGAAACAGUGAGUCAUAUUGCAUCUGCAGAGUUAACCGUCCAGCUGUUCAACGACCAUAAAAAUUCUCCUAAUUAUGCAACUCAUUCAUCUAAUAUGAUAGAUCCCAAUUCUAUUGUUCAACAAUCGAAUCCUUACUCCAGUUCAUCACAUCAUCAUUACACUGGAGGAAUCAAACGACGAGCUUCUGAUGCAUUGUAUUAUGAAAAUAAUUCAAAUACUGAGGAAACUUCUAUGUAUGCUAAAAGACCAAAUAAUUUGUGGAAUCAGCAAACUUCUCACCAACUACAACAGCAACAAUCCGAUUCAUACUGGUGGCAUCCUAUUCAUUCUUCAACUAAUUCAGGUCAAACUCAUUCUCAAUCAUCUAACCACGGAUCCUCUAAUCUUCUGCUCCCUAAUCUUGUUCAAAUAAAUCAUUCAUCUUCAUUCGGACCUCACCACAUAUCUCAUCCACAAUUAAAUUAUGGUUCCAGUAAUAUUCAGAAUAAUGUAAGCCUUGAUGACGAAUGGAAAAAUAUUCACGUUAUGCUUAAUUGUAUUUUGGGAAUGAUAGAAAAAACAAAGAGAGCUUUAUUAAUUUUACAAAAACGUGGUUGUUCAAGCCCUGUUACUUCAUCUUCUCUUGCAUCUGGGUUGAAUUCUUGCACGCAAAAUGGAAAUAAUAUUGGUAAUAAUAAUAAUAUCAACAAUAUUUGUACAAAUAACUCACAAGUAGAAUCAUCAAGUAGUGUAACGGAUCGUGAUAGCAACUUGAAACGAUUGUCAGGAGAAAUUGUUGCUCAAACUAUUCGAGCAACUGAAGACCGAGUUGCUGCGGAAGUUAAAAAACGUGCCGAAGAAGCUAUGCAAGAAGUGAAACGGGCUGCUAUGGUUGAAGUGCAGCGUGCAGUUGCUGUAGCUGUAGCUGAAUCACGAGCUAAUGAAAGACUUAGAUCUCAUCAGUUAUUAGAUGUACGAUUAUCACAAAAAGAUCAUGUGAAUCCUGGAUCGUUUUUGCGAUUGAAUAAUCACGCGAGAGAUUUAUCUUCAAGAAUAAUUACAAAAGGAAAUGUUGGUACAGUUGGGAUCAAUAAUUUAUCUGGAGAGGAUGAAAAAGAUGGAAUAUCAUUAUCUAAUAUUCCCGGAUCUAGUUGUUGGAAUUGUGGAAGGUCAGCUUUAGAAACUUGCGGAGGAUGUGGUAUUGCAAGAUAUUGUAGUUCCUUUUGUCAACAUCGUGAUUGGGAAACUGGUGGACAUCAUGCAACUUGUCAUAGUAGCCCUUCUAAUAAAUCAAGACGUUCAGCAUCACGUAGUCCACCUAGAAUUGCUGGUAAUGUAAUAGUUAAUGUAAAUCAAAUUGAUAUGAAUGAUACUCAUUCAUCAGAUGCUAAUAAAACAAAUUGAUCAAUUUAUGUUAGUUAAAAAAUUUACAACUUAUUGAUGAUUCAACCAAAAAUUAGCAUUCUCAAAAAUUAGACAAUUAUAAAUG